UGGAUCCUUUGCCUCCAAGACCCAUUAAGGUGAGAUUAAGAUCUUUGGCUGGUUGGAACUAGCCUAAGACUGCAAGGCAGCCAUGGAUAUGGCAUAUGAACUACUCAAUGGGAGCCAUGCAUGGCUUUCCUCUUCAUUUGACCUCAAUGGCUCCUUGGCAGCUGCCAACAGCUCAAACCAGACAGAGCCAUACUAUGAUCUGACCAGCAAUGCAGUCCUCACGUUCAUAUAUUUUGUGGUCUGUAUCAUUGGGUUGUGUGGCAACACGCUUGUCAUUUAUGUCAUCCUCCGCUAUGCCAAGAUGAAGACCAUCACCAACAUUUACAUUCUCAACCUGGCCAUCGCAGAUGAGCUUUUCAUGCUGGGUCUGCCCUUCCUGGCCAUGCAGGUGGCUCUGGUCCACUGGCCCUUUGGCAAGGCCAUUUGCCGGGUAGUCAUGACUGUGGAUGGCAUCAAUCAGUUCACCAGCAUUUUCUGCUUGACAGUCAUGAGCGUUGACCGCUACCUGGCUGUGGUCCACCCUAUCAAGUCGGCCAAGUGGAGGAGACCCCGGACAGCCAAGAUGAUCAAUGUGGCUGUGUGGGGAGUCUCUCUGCUGGUCAUCUUGCCUAUCAUGAUAUAUGCUGGGCUUCGGAGCAACCAGUGGGGGAGAAGCAGCUGUACCAUCAACUGGCCAGGUGAAUCUGGGGCAUGGUACACUGGGUUCAUUAUCUACACCUUCAUCUUGGGGUUCUUGGUGCCCCUCACCAUCAUUUGUCUUUGCUACUUGUUCAUUAUCAUCAAAGUGAAAUCCUCUGGAAUCCGAGUGGGUUCCUCUAAGAGGAAAAAGUCUGAGAAGAAGGUGACCCGGAUGGUGUCUAUAGUGGUGGCUGUCUUCAUUUUCUGCUGGCUCCCCUUCUACAUAUUCAAUGUCUCUUCGGUCUCUGUGGCCAUCAGUCCCACUCCAGCCCUUAAAGGCAUGUUUGACUUUGUAGUGGUCCUCACCUACGCUAAUAGCUGUGCCAACCCUAUCCUGUAUGCCUUCUUGUCUGACAACUUCAAGAAGAGCUUCCAGAAUGUCCUCUGCUUGGUCAAGGUGAGCGGCACAGAUGACGGGGAACGGAGUGACAGUAAGCAGGACAAAUCCCGACUGAAUGAGACCACGGAGACCCAGAGGACCCUCCUCAAUGGAGACCUCCAGACCAGUAUCUGAACUGCCUGAAAAAUAAAUAAAUAAAACACCAAGCUCUGCCAACUGGCAGUGUGCUCCCCACCCUCACCUCCUUCCUUCCUCCCACCCAUCACACCUGGCUUCUAGAAUAGGGAAUUGCUCAGCAUGAGUCCAAUUCAAAGAACAGUGUUUGAGUCAGCUUGUCUGAGUGAACGAUAAUGUAUUAAAUUGAUUACCUCUCCCUGAAAGUGAAGAUUUAAAGGCAGGCAGACAAUUCAAAGUCUGGAGAAGUGGAGAUCAUGCCUGGAUAUGACCUUUAGAAAUGCUGAAGCUCAAGAAAAAUAGAAAACUAUAUCUCUGUGUUUGUGUGUUUAAAACCCAGUAUGUAAUGUUGUGGUCUUACACUUAUACUUCUAUAUUCCUAUUUGUACAGUCACUACCUAUGUUUCCUGUGCUCAAGUACACAAGUAGCAAAUUCAAGUGUGCAUAGUAGAGGUGGACGUUUAUUACAAUAUGGUACCUGCAGAAAUGGACAUACCAUGAAGCCAAUAAAGUUUAAGCUUCAGGGAUCUCUCCUACUUGGGCAAUAUGUUCACAUGGCCAUACGUUUUUG